UGCGGCCUAGCUGGCAGGCCGAAGCCUGGGCCUGGGUUUUGGAGGAUGUCGCUGGCGCAGCGGGUGCUGCUGACCUGGCUGCUCGGCCUGCUCUUCCUCAUCGUGCUGGUGCUGAAGAUGGAGGAGACGCUGGGCUGGAGCUGGUUCCUGGUCUUCGUGCCGCUCUGGCUGCUGGACGCGGCGCUGCUGGCGUUGUUGUUGGCCCGGCUGGCGGGUCGCUGCAAGGCGGCGGCGGCCGGGGCGGGGGCCGAGGCCCAGGCGGAGCGGGCAGGCCUGAGGCGCCGGGCACUAGGCCUGUGCGCGCUGCUGCUGCAACUGGCCUUCCUGCUGGCCCUGGCCGCCCGCCUGCAGCGCCUGGCCGAGCUGCCGCUGUGUUGGGUCCUGGCCCCGCUCUGGCUGCUGCUGCUCGGCGCUAUCGUAGAGGUGGCGAGGCGGACCUUCGGCUCUAGGCCCGAGUGAAGAGGAGGCCUGGGGCCCACCUCUAGGCCCGAGUGAUGAGGAGGCCUGGGGCCCACCUCUAGGCCCGAGUGAAGAGGAGGCCUGGGGCCCAGGGGAGCGUCCACACCACCUCUAGGCCCAAGUGAGGAGGAGGCCCGGGGCCCACCUCUAGGCCCGAGUGAUGAGGAGGCCCGGGGCCCAGGGGAGCGUCCACACCACCUCUAGGCCCGAGUGAAGAGGAGGCCUGGGGCCCAGGGGAGCGUCCACACCACCUCUAGGCCCGAGUGAUGAGGAGGCCUGGGGCCCACCUCUAGGCCCGAGUGAAGAGGAGGCCCGAGGCCCAGGGAGGCGUCCACACCACCUCUAGGCCCGAGUGAAGAGUAGGCCUGGGGCCCACCUCUAGGCCCGAGUGAUGAGGAGGCCCGGGGCCCAGGGGAGCGUCCACACCACCUCUAGGCCCGAGUGAAGAGGAGGCCUGAGGCCCAGGGGAGCGUCCACACCACC